CUCCAGCUUAUCCACCGCCCCCAUGCUCGAAUGCCCGCCUCCCUCCAUCCCUCCGCCACUUUCACAAGUCUAUCCCGCAUCGGAGCGCCCUGCCCGCCGCAAUCUCGACGUCUUCAUUCAUCCACACUUGCCGCCCACAAACCGCAUCUCUUCAUUGCCAACCUGUGAAGACGUCGUUGCGCAUUCGGCUCACCAUCCUGCGGGGAGGAGACACAGUAGCACCCGUGGCCCCGGAGACCCGCCAUCAGUCGCCCUCGCCACGCCGCCCGAUUUCACUUUCGCUGCUCGCCGCCACGCCGCCCCGUCUCGUGCUGCGCACCUCUGUCGCCUUCCCGGAACUCUGCGGCCUUACUGCUCGCCUGCCUCGCAUCAGCGCCGAAACACGUGUGGAUGAUGAACCACCACUGGUAAUCGUCUCACCGACUGUGUCACGACACGGCCACCGGUUACUCGCCUCGCCCUACGUCCUGGAACGCAUUUCGGGCUGACCACGCCGGCCGCGCAACACUAUCUCUUCCGGUCUAGGGCACACUGACGGCGCUUUAAUCGUUGACCGCCCCUCGCUCUCUGCUUUUGCCUGUCGCGUCCAUCAUCCUCGGUCUGUGCGCGGCAUCUACCCGGUCCCUUGAGACGCAGUAGUCCAUUGUGGUCUCACUUCGGAGCCUCUUGCGCACUCUCAUUGAAUCCGUUGCCCGCCAUCUCUCCGGAUCCUUUGACAUAUACGCGGUCUCCGUAGCUUAACCGGACUCUUGACACCAGCUUCUGUCUUGCGGCCAGGUGCUGCGACUUCGUUGCACAGCCCGACUAUGCCUGCAGUGCGAGGUCACUUGGUUUUCCACCUGCUCAUGAGAGCCAACCGGCCGACAUAACUUGGCUUCGACUACGUCGCAGGCUCUUCUGACCGCAACUCACGGGAUCGUGGCCUCCUCAUCACUCUCUCACUUUGCGAAUGCAUCACGCUCUGUGGUCGACAUGCUAGGGCGGCUCCUCCAUCUGGGCUCCGGAGGGUCGGCCACCCCCCAGGCCGCUACCAGCAGCAGCAGCAGCACGCCUCGACCGGCCCUCCCACUCGAGUCUGUUCAGGAGGAUAUUCACACACGGAAUCUCCUAUUUCCGGACGCACAGGCACUGUACCAACAUCGCAACGAUCAAGUAUUUGACUUGUCUUCUGCGCCGACGACACCAUCCGCUGCGGCCGCCAACUCGUACGAUGUGAGCGACGACUUUGAGCUUGACUCUCGAGAUGUCCGCGUCAUCGUUCUCCAGGAUGCUCUAGGGCCUACGAAUGCCUCUCUACUUUAUGACAGCCACCUGCCCCCAGAACAAGCGGGCGAGCGCUCGCCCGCCCGCCAGGAUUCGAGGAGAAACCCCCUGUCACCGCGCAAACCCAGCCUCGGGCAGUCGUCUCGGCCGCUCGUGAUUCAACCGGAUAGCCCGCAGCCUCGUCAGGGUGCCUUUGAUCGCCGAGCGUCAGUACAUGGCCGGAGCCAAAGUUAUGCCGAGACAGAUGCUCAGAGGAUUGUCCGCGAGUAUCGUGAGGAAUUAGCGACGUUCUCGAGCUGCAUAUUUGGCAAUUCCGAGCUGAUGGCCUACAAAGGAACAUCGACAAAGGUACAUGUUGUGCCGAGCGAUACUCGCCCAGCUGACUACUCCGCAUCCGUUCUUGGAGAUGGGAGGAGCUCCAUCGGCCGCUCCAGCGGCCGCUCGAGCAAGCUGUCACAGUCAUUCUCCUCACAGACUGUCUCACCGACCAUUGGCCCUCCACUCCCACCAACCGGCUACUCUCGACAGAGUGACAAGAAAAAGGUCCUCAUCACGCGGCUGUUCCCAGUCAACCUGACCGCCGAGGAUGCCGACACCAAUGUUACACCGCAGGGCCGGUUUUCGGACGACAAUAAUGGCUUUCCCUUUCCAUCCGCCGGCGAUGAUUCCGCACCUGGAAAGAAGAAGAAGCCGCAACCUAAGCAGAGGCGAACACCCAUGUACGCCGUUGUGCUGGUGGUGCAGCUCCCCCGUGCGUCAUCACGGAUGUCUUCCGCCGCCCCGGCGAGAUCAACGUUCCGUGAAUCGGGAUCAUAUAACGACCAAGACUUUUUCUCCUCCUCCUACAACUCAACCAAAACUGGUUGGGCCAUGGCUGGCUCUGGGAAUUACGGCGAUGUGACCGACUCGUCGUAUUCGAUUGAUUUUGAAGACCGAAUUGACUGGCUCACACAACACUGGGACAUCAUCAUGCGAACCUUGACACACCUCCAGUCGGUCGUGGCCACAACUAUUCAUGGCCUGCUCAAGCAAGCUGAUACUGCCUCUCCUGGCCCACACUCUACCUCGACGACCUCGAACAUGAUGUCUCGGACCCCUUCGUUAUCAGACAGAAGAAGCAACGAUAUCCACCGAGCAAAGCCACACAAAAGCACAACCAAGCUUGUAUCCCUAGCCCCGACCUGUCUCAACAACGACGUCAACAUCGCGCACGAGGCAGGGUUGGCGAGGACCAGAGUGGUCCUGGGGCUUAGUGCCUCUAGAGUUGUUACUGGACAGGGCCGGUGGGGUAUCUGGCGCGACGAAGCAAUCUGGACGUCGCGGUGGUCUUCAUCCACGGAGAGGGGCCAGUUUUUCUAUAACCUCUUGACAGGUUUCCUAGCAACUCAUACCGACUGGCUGCAAGCCCUCUGUGGACCUACUUUCAGCAAAAGAGCCGCAGCGGCUAGACGAAACCGAAAUGAGGAGGACUUGUCACUGCCCGCGCGAACCAUUGUGGUGUCCGAUGACAAGAUGGCUGCUCGCAGGUUGAUCUUCCUUCUCUCGGCAUUCUUGCCUGCAAGCCAGCAAGUAUCGCCAGCGCGGCCGCACCGGCCGAGCACGUCCGCAUCCUUGGGUGGCUACUCCAACUCUCCUCCGACGGUCAUCAUCCCCAUUCUUCGCGAGGAAUCUCUUCGCCGCAAGAUCAACCGGCGUAGUGGUCUACGUCGUGCAUCCCACUCGAGGACCGCUAGCCAGAGCACACGGGCGUCUGGAGUUCCUCCGCAGCUUGCUCACUUGACCCUUGAUCGAAAUCAACAUCAGCGGCGUGCUUCCGAUGCCGCCUCAAUCCGGACUACGAACAUCCCAAUGCCCGGCCAGGACUUUGUGAAUCGCAAGAGCAGCGCCGCGACAACCGCCACGAUUGUACCGGAAGCCACGACACCACACUUUGCAACCGCUCAGCAGCAGCGCGAUAACCAUAGAAGGCGUCGCCCUGGUAGCAGCGGCAGUGUUGCAGCGGACGACUUGAAGCGCUCUCUGAAACGCGUUGAAAGUAGCGGUCAGACGACAUCAACCAGCUCACGACCAACAAGCCAGGGGUUGAAAUGGGGCAGCUUGGUGAGUGGACUUUGGACUGCUCGCCGAAGAGAGUCCAUCGACAGCGGCACAUACAGUCAAGGGAGCGACCUCCGGUCGCCAAUCAAGACGAGCUUCGGCCGACCGGAUAAGCUGUCUGAGAUGGUUCGAGAAGUCUCGCCUGCUGAAGAGUCAGGUGAGGCGGUGACCCGCCAAGUGUCUCAGCCUUUCGAUGCACGCAAUUUCGGUACUGCUCCGGAUGACGUGAGAAGAGGCAGAGCGUCAUUCUCGCAGGCGGAAAGGACCCCCGACCCGUCUGGCGCAUUUGAGUCUCCUGUCAAGACGUCUAUCAACGCCGACGAUGGAGUGAUAGACGUUGACGUCCCGUUUCCGGAUUUCAUUGCAUCGUAUGAAUCGGCUAUCAGCUCGCCAUCCAGCAGCGGUUACCUCUCAACUCCUGGCAUGCCCAGCGGCUUAGAAACUUUCGAGCAGUCAGCGCGGUUUGCAAUUGAGGGCGAUCUGCCGCUCAACGCCGCCGGAUGGCUGAACCGAUUCCAUCCAGACUUUGCGCUUCAGGCUCUGCCACCGCAAGACAAUUUGCUGGAUAAGGUGAAAGCGGCUCUGCAAGCAGAGCCUACACCCGCACCUGAUUUCCCGGUCGGCAACAGUCAGUCUGCACGCUGGGUGGAUGUCAGCGCGGUCGUCAUCGCAGAUACGAUGACAAAUUCUGUCAAGCGUUAUGUUUACCGUCGGCUGGUCAAACCUAAAGCCCUGAUGGAUAGAGUCUCCGGAAACACCAUCGUCCCUGGCCACAAUGGAUCCGUGCUGUUGACGCCAUCCGUUCUCCCGUACGAGCAUCAACUGGAGGAAGAGUGGCUGGAUGAUGACAUUUUUGUUGCUGAUGAGGCGUUAAAGGAGUCCAUUGAGAGGGUUAUCCACUCGACACCGGACGCUAGCAAAGAAAGCUCGGCGUCUUCAUCGCAGGCCCCUAGCGACUUUCGGGGCAGCACUGACAGCGGCAGCACCAUGCCUGAUGCGCUUUCGGAGGUGACACAGCUUGCUGAUCAGCCCCUGGAUGUGCCCAGGGUACAGUGCAAAGCAGUUAUCCUGUCUACGCUAGAAGAGAUGAUUCGGGAAGCCAUCGAUAGGCGCGACAUGGACGGUGGAGGACAAGAAAGCAGCAACAGGCACAGCCGUCAACGCCAGCCCAACGUCUUGCGUGACGCUGUGCGGCAAUGGGUGGCAAACCUGGAUGGCGCAAACUGAUGUGCACGGGGUGUUUCAUACACGCCACUGGCAGCGGCAUGCCGCGACUGUAUCACCAACAUUUGCAUUUCAUGAUUUUUAAGCAGGCAACAACGAUACCCCCAAAGGGAGCGGCGAUCUAAGGACGCGGCACCUCUUGAUGGCAGAAGGGUGCAACUUUCUGCUCUUUACUAGAUGCUUAAUAUAUAUUCUGGCUCCAUCUUCGCAGUCCAAGGACUGCAUGGCGGCUGGCUUUGAGGUUGCUCUGGAUAUGGAUGGACAGAGCAGGACCGAAGAAGGUGUAUUAGGGAUUGCGCACCAUUGGGCUUUACUCGGUAUAGAUAUGACAACUGUCGUAUAGUUGCUUUGCAUUGAUGCCUUGGAAUUGCCAUGGUGACCCGUGUAAUUUGCAACUAUGUCGGGCAGGUCGGACGAACGUGUGGGACUGUCACGGCACCGUGGUGAGUUGAGAGGGACGCUGAACGAAGAUAAUUCACUGU